ACUCACACUCUUCCUUCAUGUAUUCCUUCACGUAGUAAUUCACAGGCACGAGGUCAAAUUUGUGCACUACUGAGAAACGAACUCAAAUCAAUUAAAGAGGCAGGGACAUGGAAAUCAGAGUACUUCAUUAAAUCACCUCAAGGAGUUAAAAUUUCUGUUGAGCCCAAUCGUGAAGUGCUAAAUUUUUGUGCUAAUAAUUAUUUAGGAUUGUCAAGUCAUCCUGCUGUGGUAAAAGCAGCACAAGUAGCAAUCGAGAACUAUGGAGCUGGUUUGAGUUCUGUUCGUUUCAUUUGUGGAACUCAAGAACUUGAAAAUAAAAUAGCAAAAUUUCAUGAUAGGGAAGAUGCAAUUUUAUAUCCAAGCUGUUUUGAUGCCAAUGCAGCUUUAUUUGAAGUAGUUCUCAGCAAUGAAGAUGCAGUAUUCUCAGAUGAACUUAACCAUGCCUCAAUUAUUGAUGGAAUACGGCUUUGUAGAGCAAAAAAGAUCCGUUACAGCCAUCGCCACAUGAAAGAUUUAGAAGAGAAAUUAAUUAGUACUGAUGCUCGAAUAAAACUCAUAGCUACAGAUGGAGUGUUUUCAAUGGAUGGUAAUGUGGCUCCUCUACCAGAAAUUCUUAAUUUAGCAAGAAAAUAUAAUGCAAUAACAUUUGUUGAUGACUGCCAUGCCACUGGCUUCUUUGGUAAAUCUGGAAGGGGCACUGAAGAAUUCUUUGAGAUGUUAGGUGCUGUUGAUAUUAUAAAUUCAACUCUAGGCAAAGCAGUUGGCGGAGCAUCAGGUGGCUACACAACUGGGCCAAAAGAAGUAAUAGAACUUCUGCGACAACGAGGACGUCCAUAUCUAUUUUCAAAUGCUCUUCCGCCUCCAGUUGUUGCAGCAGGGAUUAAAGCCUUGGAUAUAAUUCAAAAUGACAAGAGUUUUGUGACAAACAUACAGAAAAAUACAAAAAUGUUUCGUCUCAUGAUGACCAAGUUAGGUUUCACAAUAGCUGGAGAAAAUCAUCCUAUAUGCCCUGUAAUGUUGGGAGAUGCAAGACUUGCCAAUACAUUUGCUUCAGAGAUGCUCGAGGAAGGCAUUUAUGUAAUCGGCUUCAGCUACCCAGUUGUGCCAAAAAAUAAAGCAAGAAUACGUGUUCAGAUAUCAGCUGCCCAUUCUGAAGACGACAUACAUUGUGCUGUGAAUGCAUUUUCAAAAAUAGGCAAGAAAUUGAAUGUUAUACCUUAAGAAUUGACUUCAUGAUGGG